AGACAUCCCCACGCUAUGGUUAUGUCUAACCUAUCCCUUGCAUGUAGCUCGGCGGCCUGCCUUCUGCCACCUUCCUUAAUUCUGCUGCACCCUCUCCACAGGUGGGUGGCCUUUGAGCAGUCCAAGCUGCGUGGAGAGAUGUUCAUCUUGGAGCAAGGCGAGUAUCCUCGCUGGGAUACCUGGUCCAGCAGCUACAGGAGCGACUGCCUCAGGUCUAUGCGUCCCAUCCGGAUGGAGGCUGAUGGCUAUAAAAUCUCCCUCUUCGAAUCUGCCGACUUCAAGGGCAACAAGAUGGAAAUCCAGGAAGAUGACGUGCCCAGCCUCUGGGCUCAUGGCUUCUGUGACCGGGUGGGAAGGGUGAAAGUGUCCAAUGGAACCUGGGUUGGAUACCAGUACCCUGGCUACCGGGGCUACCAGUAUCUCUUUGAGAGAGGAGACUUCAAACACUGGAAUGAAUGGUCUGCCUUCCAGCCCCAGGUCCAGUCGAUCCGUCGCAUCAGGGACAUGCAGUGGGAUCAGAAAGGGCGCUUCACCGCUCCUAGCGCGCCUUCAAACUGAGCACAAGCCCUGCUAGUGAACAACUUUGGGCCAUGCUGCACCUCAACACCUCUGCUACUUUUUGUGAACAGCCCCCAUCUCUCCUCUCUCUCACACUCCCUUGCUCAGCACUUUCCUUGUAUAUUGCACAUUUAUCGGACGUCCUGUACAUUGUGAUGCCAAAUAAAUCAAUACCAAAAAAAA